AGAGUGCGGGAGCAAGAUGGCUACUACCAAGCGGGUACUGUACGUGGGUGGACUUGCAGAGGAGGUGGAUGACAAAGUUCUUCAUGCUGCUUUUAUCCCUUUUGGAGACAUCACAGAUAUCCAGAUUCCUCUGGAUUAUGAAACAGAAAAGCACCGAGGAUUUGCUUUUGUUGAAUUUGAGUUGGCAGAGGAUGCUGCAGCAGCUAUCGACAACAUGAAUGAAUCUGAGCUCUUUGGACGGACAAUUCGUGUCAAUUUGGCAAAACCCAUGAGGAUUAAGGAAGGCUCUUCCAGACCAGUUUGGUCCGAUGACGACUGGUUGAAGAAGUUUUCUGGGAAGACUCUUGAGGAAAAUAAAGAGGAAGAAGGGUCAGAGCCUCCCAAAGUGGAAACCCAGGAGGGAGAGCCCGCUGUAAAAAAGGCCCGGUCAAACCCUCAGGUGUACAUGGACAUCAAGAUUGGGAACAAGCCAGCAGGCCGCAUCCAGAUGCUCCUGCGUUCAGACAUCGUUCCCAUGACAGCAGAGAAUUUCCGCUGCCUGUGCACGCAUGAGAAGGGCUUUGGCUUCAAGGGCAGCAGCUUCCACCGCAUCAUCCCCCAGUUCAUGUGCCAGGGCGGCGAUUUCACCAACCACAAUGGCACUGGGGGCAAGUCCAUCUACGGGAAGAAGUUUGACGAUGAAAACUUUAUUCUCAAACACACGGGAACAGGCCUGCUCUCCAUGGCCAACUCUGGCCCAAACACCAACGGUUCCCAGUUCUUCCUGACAUGUGACAAGACGGAUUGGCUGGACGGCAAGCACGUGGUAUUUGGCGAGAUCACGGAAGGCCUGGAUGUCUUGCGGCAGAUUGAGGCCCAGGGCAGCAAGGACGGGAAACCCAAGCAGAAGGUCAUCAUCUCCGACUGCGGGGAGUACGUGUGAGAGGGCAGCUGUCAGCCCGGGGAACCGGCAGCCCAGGUGUCCCGUUUGCAGCAAGCAGGGCUUUGUGUCCUGGCCCUUCCUUGGGGUCAGCAUGGGGCAGCUCCUCUGCAGGCACGGCCUGGGCCGCCUCUGGCUCUUCCCCAAGUGAGGCCGUGAGCCAGGGUGCUGCCCUCCGCACCGUGGACGGCUGUGCGUGCCCUUUCCAGGCCAGGGCCUCUCCUGGGCCCACCUGUGUGGAUCCUAGACGUUUUCUUCCGGUAAAAUAAAUUCUAGCUUUUGAA